UUCUGUCUUGGGGGUAGAUACAUUUUUUUAUCUUGUGCCCCAUGUAUUCGGAUGAGGCAUUUUAGGCGUUGAAUAUUAGCGAACUGAUGAACAUCACAAAGGGUGAUGCGACACAUAAGAAACUUGAGAGAUAGAGAUUUUCCUUAUGCACGAUUGAAAUUACCUAGAGACUAAAAGAGUCAGCAUGGGCAUAUCCGCUGAGCCUCUAGAUCUGGCUAAGAUCAGACGAAACCAGCGCAGGCUGAAAGGUUUACUUUCGAAUCCAGAAGUGCCAAAUGAUCACGUGACCCUUCAGCAUUUUCCUGUGAGUGUGGGUAAAUCGGCGAACACAGGCGAACAAGCAAAUACAGUACUUGAUUUCGGAAGUGAAACGAGUUUCUAUUCUUUCCCAGAUUAAAUGAUUUUACUUAUGCAUUACUAAUGGCAUGUCCGAUUGCCCUCUUUUCUCGGGUACCAAACUGAUUUACUAUAUUAAAAAAAUAAUUUACACUGCUCUUAAUUUGUUAUAGAUUUGCAGUGUUGAGUAGAUGUAAUCAUUUUUCUUAUAUACUGUGUGUAAAGGAUAUCGUUAUCAUUUUUAGAAUGUUGAGUUUAAAUUUGAAUAGAUGUGGGGUUUUUUUUUAUUCACAUGGCAUUGUGUAUACAUUCGUAUAUAUAGUGUAUGAAAGCGGCCUGUGCAUGCGAUCUACAUGUAUCAUUGAUUUUGAAAUUCUGAAAGAUAUGACAAGUAACAAUUUCAUAGAAAAUAUAUUAUUCAUAUGGUACGCUUUAAGAAAUUUACGGAUAUCUAAACAUCACCCUCGGAAACGAUAAUAAAAGGAUGAAUUCCCUACAAUGUAUAAAUAUUCUACAGAAAACGCCACCAAACGUUCCCCGUAGAAACCACGUGUUCUUACUCUAAAGGGAUGUUAAUUGCUGCUUUUAAGAAAUAUUAUUUUGUUGCAUACAUGCACUUUAUACAUAACUAUAGUGUUUUGCAUGGUUUUGGGAAAUAGGAAAUUUUGAAUUUGCAUUUGUCAUUAAUUUUAUUAAUUUGUUACAAAGUUAUGAUUUCAAUCAAUUCAUACAUGUACACUGUAUAUUAUACACAACAAUUUAUAUAUCAUACAAAACUGUUCCUAUCUUGUACUAAUCAGUUCAUAUACAUGUAUUAUACACAACAAUCUUAUAUAUUAUACACAACAAUCUUAUAUAUUAAACACAACAAUCUUGUAUAUUAUACACAACAAUUCAUAUACCACCGCUCGCAGUAGAGCGACCGCAAAAACCGAGGUCCCAUGUCACAGCAGGUGUGGCGCGAUAAAGAUCGCUCCCUGCUCAAAGACCGUUAGCACCGAGCAUAGGCCUAAAUUUUGCAGCCCUUCACCGGCAAUGACGACGUCUCCAUAUGAGUGAAAAAUUCUCGGAAGAGGCGUUAAACAAUAUACGAUCAAUCAAUCGUAACCGGGAGGUCGUGAGUUCGAACCAGCUAGUGUCAUGUUAAACCUAAGACGUAAACAUAAGUAGUGAUUGCUCCUUCGCCAAACGUUCGGCAUUUAGAAGUGAGAAUCACGGGUCUUUUAGAUAUGACCAUUAAAAAUGGAGGUCCCAUGUAAAGCAGACGUUGAUAGGUUAAAUAACCCUAGCGUCUCUGCUACGGUCAUCAGGCUAAAUUUGUGGUAUUUCACCCACAGCUGGUGACGUCUCAUUAUGAGUGAAAAAUCCUGGAUCUGACGUUAAACAAACAACCGUCGAAUACAUCACAUUCUAUACACUCCAGAAUCCAUAUGUCAUAGACAUGUAAAUUACACCAUCUUUCAAUUGCCGUAGUAUACUUAGAUGUAAGUGAAGAGAUAUUUUCGAGAACAAAAGAGAGUGGAAUUCGGUGUUCUUCAAAAUACUGAACCUACAUGUAACAUUAAAAACCCUACAAUAAUCUAUCAGAAGAUGUAACAUAUUUGUCCUUACUGGCGUAAUGUAUGACCAAAAGGUUUCAAAAUGAAAUAGUACUGAAAUAUUAAUUUCUAUAUGCUAUAGUAAAUUCAGUCUCAGACCAGAAAAUAUUGUGUUUAAUUGCAUUCCAAUUUACAUGUCGCCAAGAAAAAUACGACGUCCGUCGUCAUCCUGUUUGUUUAGAUUUCUGAUUAAAUCUUUAAUCUGUGUAAAAUUCCUCUUAUCAAUCCAUCUCCACUUAUAAAAGAGACCAAAUAUGUAUAAACAUAUUUUGCCAGCUGAAUUUGGAGAGGCAUGUAAAGCUAAUUUUCUUCAAUAUAUACAUUGUAAACAUCUUCUGUUGAAAUGUCUCUGCUCUGUCGGGCAAAGUUUAAAUACAGUUCCUUUGUCUACUUUUAAACAAUUCACAGGGGUUUAAAAAGUUUAAAAAGAUACAACCGAAGUUGCCUGUACCCCGUAUCUGAUUUGGGCGACUCUAAUCUGGCUGAUAUAAAAGAACAAUCUUCAAUAAUCCGCCAAACAAUGAAGCUUCCUAAGUUCAUUUGACAAUGUUCGUUCUUCUCCACGCCUGUACAUUAAAUUUAGAAUUUACAAUUCAGAAGGCCUUAUGAGAUAACGACAACAAGUGUAACAUACAAAUAUAUCUGCUCUCUCAUUCUUCUGUUAAGAUGGGUACCCUUAGGGAAUCAUUGGUAAAUCAGGCUUGACAAUUAUCCAAACAAUCACUUUAACUAUUAAUAUUUAAUGUAAAUUUCACAUUAAAUGGAGUUAAUUUUCCUCUCUAAGAUAUCGAUGCUUAAUUAUGUAACACUUCUGAUGGAUUCACGCUGAACACUGCCCUUUGAGUCCUUCCUAUUUGACGACAGAUGUCAUUAUUUUAAAUCAGCCAUGCGUCUGUCAGUGAUUAAGUGUUAAUGUAGCAUUGUCAUUAGCUGGUCAUUAUGUGUUGCUACAACUCCAACAUGUCUCCUCACAAAUAUUCUAUGUAUAUAUUUUAUUCUUGGGCGUUGAUGGAAAGUGAAUAUAAUUGCCGUUAAAAAGUGUUCGCAGAAUGGGGAUCGGAGAAAAGAUUCAUUUUAAACCCUUAAAAAAUGUCAUUGUGCACGGAUAUAGUAUUCGUCCGGAACAGCAAAUUCGACGCAAACCUCUUCCAGCUGGAUUUUGUUACGUCUGCAGUCGCAUUGACCCUGAUGGAAAAUUCAAACAUCCGCAUGGCUAUCUCUUCAGUAAAGGUUUUUUCGCCCAGUGCGAGCACAUGCCAAAAACGCCCUACCCAACGGUCAUCAUCGACAGUAAGGCUCCAUCACCCUCCAUUUCUGAACCGAUACAGCCUAUGAGGGGUCUUCGCGUGAAAAUUACACGCAGAAGUAAAUCACCCCCAUCUAAGUAUGGAAAGAAAUAUUUCGAUAAAUCGGCUCUUGAUGGUGUUCGGUAUGAUGAUGAUUUCUACGAAAAUUCUCGAUACAGCGUACCAUCUAUGUUUGAUCACGUUGAAGACGAAGGUGGAAAAAAAAUUCCUGAAGUGGGAAAAUUGUCGUGGAUGGAAAGCGAGAGCGGAUCUGAUCCUGAUCACGAGGAUAUUAUAGUUAAUUACAUUGAGGAUUGGAAUGAUGAAGAUGCCGCGUUAAUGGAAAAUCAAUCGGAAUAUGGCAACCAACAAACCACACCCACAGAACGUGAGGUCCUACUGCCUCCAAUUGGGGGUCAAAAGUCGAAAUCGGGAACGAGUAAAUCCUCUGAAUUUACCCUACCAGAGCCAAAAUUUUCAGAGAAAUUGCCUUUAAUCCAUGGCAGCGUCGAUCGUAUCAAUGCCUCAAGAGAACGACUCGAAAAGAAACCAAGUAAAAGAAAGUCCCGAAAGUCGUCUGAUACCUCCCCAAAACUUGACGAUGCAGACAUGAUAUAUACUGGGAAAGACGAUGAAUAUGGACACAUUAAGUACCAUCACCGUGGUAUGUAUGAUUCAGUUCCGAGUGGUGGUUUAGAGUUACCACCGUCCCGAGAGACUCACAGCAGCAGACAUACAACUAGUAAAUCCUUGACAGCGGACAAUCAUUCAACGCUUGACCAGGAAAUGGACAAGAAAAGUAGAUCAAGGUUAAGUUCUGGUGAAAUAUCGUUCGGGAUUCCGGAGACACCUUCGAUGAUUAUCGCCAGAAUCAGUAAUUCUGACCACUGGUGUCAGUGUGAAGAUGUCGAUAUGUCCACUAUCAAAUGCCCAGAAUGCCAUAUUGUUGGCGGACAUGAAAAAUGGUGCAUACAUUCAAGAUCUUCAGCAAAGCAAGGGAAUUGUCCAAAAUGUGGAAAACCCAUCAAAAGAAAUAAUAUUAGAGGAUCAAGUUACAAGCAUCAGAAAUCCAGACGAGAUUCUAAAUCUACAAGUAAAUCUGAAGAAUUCGAUAUAUCGGCUGGAAAGAAUCGCGAUUUCAUGGAUGAUUAUGAAAAUAAACGUGUUCGAUUUGAUGAUGAACAUGAUUUUGAUCAGAAGAAACGACUGGAUAUGAUCCGACAAAAUGACGAAGAUUACAUGGCUGGCGUGGAUGAUAUUUUAUAUGAUCAGGAAAAUUAUGGAAGAUUAUGGACACCAAAUAGUCAAGACGAAGAAGACCGCAAACGGAAGAAAAUAAAUCCCAACAUUCACCGCGAGGCCUACCUACGAGCACUCUUAGAUGUGAAAAACAACCAACUGAAAAAGAUUGCAGAAGUCGAUGAAAAUUUCUUUGCAAGCAGACUCUGUCGCCCACACGUCUUUUCAUAUUUCCGCCUUCGACCACAGCAAGCAAAGCACAAUGCGAUGAGUGAGCCUGUCAAUAUUGGCUUGAAACCAGACGAAUCAAAAGGCAUUCCGCCCAGAAAAGGAAUGAAACAUAUAUUUGGCAAAGUGAAAGUAGACGACUUUUAUCCUGGUGGAAAGAAAAACCCGAGUUUUAAUAUAUCCAUGAAGAAAGAAGACAAGAGACAAACGAUGCCUAUACACAGCAUAAACUAUAGCAAGUAGAUAAUUUACUAACGCAAUAUAUGUACAUAUAUUUGUAUAUAGUCAGGUUUUACUUGUUUUCAUUUUAAUGCAACAAGAAUAACAUUGUAAUUUUCAUUUUGUGGAUGAAGAGAAUAAUCGCUGCAAGAAUGAAAAUUGUAUUUCCUAUCGUGUAAAGUAAAACUGUAAUAAAAUUGAAUGUGUU